AUGAACAGGACAGGUGUGGUCCUCGACUCUCAGCGUUCUCAUCUCUCCUCCUUCACCAUGAAGCUGAUGGACAAAUUCCACUCGCCCAAAAUCAAGAGAACGCCGUCAAAGAAGGGAAAACCAGCUGAGGUGUCUGUGAAAAAUCCAGAGAAGCCUGUGAGCAAAGAGGCAACAGACAGAUUUCUACCAGAGGGCUGCCCUCUCCCCUUGGAUCUGGAGCAGCAGACAGUAGAGUUUAUGUCCACCAGUGCUGUGGCUUCCAGGUCUCAGAGGCAGAAGAACCUGAGCUGGCUGGAAGAGAAAGAGAAGGAAGUUGUUAGUGCCUUGCGCUACUUUAAGACCAUUGUGGACAAAAUGGCUAUUGAUAAGAAGGUGCUGGAGAUGCUUCCAGGGUCAGCCAGCAAGGUGCUGGAGGCCAUCUUACCCCUGGUGCAGAGUGAUCCUCGAAUUCAACACAGCUCAGCCCUCUCCUCCUGCUAUAGCCGAGUGUACCAAAGUCUCGCCAACCUCAUCCGUUGGUCUGACCAAGUGAUGCUAGAAGGUGUGAACUCAGAAGAUAAAGAGACGGUGACAACCGUGAAGGGGGUCAUCAAGGCUGUGUUGGACGGAGUGAAGGAGCUGGUCAGACUAACCAUCGAGAAGCAGGGGCAUCCGUCUCCAACCAGCCCAGUGAAACCCAGUUCCCCAGCCUGCAAACCCGAUGGCCAGUCUGAGCUCCCCCUGACAGAUCGAGAGAUGGAGAUUCUAAACAAGACAACUGGCCUGUCCCAGUCAGCCGAGCUUCUCCCAGACUCUACAGAUGAGGAGGUCGCACCCCCCAAGCCCCCCUUACCUGGCAUUCGGGUGGUUGAUAACAGCCCUCCACCAGCAUUGCCACCGAAGAAAAGACAGUCAGCUCCAUCCCCGACCCGAGUGGCUGUCGUUGCCCCCAUGAGUCGAGCCACCAGUGGCUCCAGUUUGCCCGUUGGAAUUAAUAGGCAGGAUUUUGACGUGGACUGUUACACACAAAGGCGACUCUCAGGAGGCAGCCACUCGUACGGCGGAGAGUCGCCCCGCCUCUCCCCCUGCAGCAGCAUAGGCAAGCUCAGCAAGUCAGACGAGCAGCUGUCCUCUCUGGACAGGGACAGCGGCCAGUGCUCCCGGAACACAAGCUGUGAAACACUAGAUCACUAUGAUCCUGACUACGAAUUCCUUCAGCAAGACCUCUCUAACACAGACCAGAUACCUCAGCCAGUGGCCUGUCACCUCAGCCCGUUGCCGGAGUCCUUGGGAGAGUCUGGGUCUCCGUUUCUUGGCUGCCCUUUCCAGUUGCCUCCAGCACCCAGCAGCUGUCCCCAGCCAGAUGGGCCGUCGGCCCCUGGACAGCAGGUGGACACGCCCCCUGCUCUCCCCGAGAAGAAGCGCAGGAGUGCAGCCUCCCAGACCACGGACAGCUUGGGCUGCAGGGUGUCCUACGGGCGGCACCCCUCCCAGUACGACAACAUCUCCGAGGAUGACCCGCAGAACCCGGCCUCGGGCCCGUCCGUCCCCUUCACGCCCUUUGCUGCUAUUCUCCCCUUUCAGCAAGGAGGGUCCUCAGCCUCUGUCGAAUUUGUGGGUGAUUUCGCUGUUUCUGAAUCAACGGGUGACCCGGAAAAACCACCUCCUCUACCAGAGAAGAAAAACAAACACAUGCUAGCCUACAUGCAGCUGCUGGAGGACUACUCAGAACCACAGCCGUCCAUGUUCUACCAGACGCCGCAGAGCGAGCACAUCUACCAGCAGAAGAACAAGCUGCUCAUGGAGGUGUACGGCUUCAAUGACUCGUUCAGCACCGAGGCCUCGCAGGACCUGGCGCCGCCCCCCGCCCUGCCCCCCAAGCAGCGGCAGCUGGAAUCACCAGCUAUGAAAGACGGACAUCCCAGAGGUCCCUCGUCGGCCAGCAGCACGGCCGGGAAGGAGAGCAGAGACGGUGACAGGGCCUCAAGGUCACCAGAUGGUUCAGAGUUGGCUCGAUCGGAGGAGGAAGUGGAUGAGCUGUCCCUCAUCGACCACAAUGAGAUUAUGGCAAGGCUGACACUCAAGCAGGAGGGUGACGACGGGCCGGACGUCCGUGGCGGGUCUGGAGAUAUCCUACUGGUGCACGCGACUGAGACAGACAGGAAAGAUUUGGUGUUGUACUGUGAGGCCUUCUUGACCACCUACAGGACCUUCAUCACCCCGGAGGAGCUCAUCAAGAAGCUGCAGUACAGGUACGAGAAGUUCUCUCCCUUCGCCGACACAUUCAAGAAGCGCGUCAGCAAGAACACGUUCUUUGUGCUGGUGCGGGUGGUGGAUGAGCUGUGCCUCGUGGAGUUGACAGAAGAGAUCUUGAAGCUGCUGAUGGAGCUUGUCUUCCGCUUGGUGUGCAACGGGGAGCUCAGCCUGGCCCGCGUGCUCCGCAAGAACAUCCUGGACAAGGUGGACCAGAAGAAGCUGCUCAGGUGUGCCAACUCCGACCAGCCCCUGGCUGCCCGGGGGGUAGCCGCCAGGCCGGGGACUUUGCAUGACUUUCACAGCCAUGAAAUAGCCGAGCAGCUGACCCUGCUGGAUGCGGAGCUCUUUUAUAAAAUAGAGAUUCCUGAGGUUUUGCUUUGGGCAAAAGAGCAGAAUGAGGAGAAAAGCCCCAACUUGACCCAGUUCACGGAGCACUUCAACAAUAUGUCCUACUGGGUCCGGUCAAUAAUCAUGUUACAAGAAAAAGCCCAGGACAGGGAGCGGCUCCUGUUGAAGUUCAUCAAGAUCAUGAAGCACUUACGGAAGCUGAACAACUUUAACUCCUACCUGGCCAUCCUCUCAGCCCUGGACUCGGCUCCCAUCCGCAGGCUGGAGUGGCAGAAGCAGACCUCGGAGGGCCUGGCCGAGUACUGUACACUGAUCGACAGCUCAUCCUCCUUCCGCGCCUACCGGGCCGCCCUCUCCGAGGUGGAGCCCCCCUGCAUCCCCUACCUGGGGCUUAUCCUGCAGGACCUCACCUUUGUUCACCUGGGAAACCCAGACUAUAUUGACGGGAAGGUGAAUUUUUCCAAACGGUGGCAGCAGUUCAACAUUCUGGACAGCAUGCGGUGCUUCCAGCAAGCGCACUAUGAUAUCCGAAGAAAUGAUGACAUCAUAAACUUCUUCAAUGACUUCAGCGACCACCUGGCGGAGGAGGCCCUGUGGGAACUUUCUCUGAAAAUCAAACCCAGGAACAUAACAAGGAGAAAAACAGACCGGGAGGAGAAGACCUAGAAGUAGGUGCCGUGAGCAAGGAGAACGCUCGAGAGAGGCUCCGAGGGCGGCUCCGAGACCCGGAGGGACUUUGGACCUGUCCCCGGGCAGGCUGCACGUGUCCCGGCCCCAGGGCCCAGCCAGCCCUCUGCCACGCGGGGCAGGAGCCCCAGCAGCUUCCUGCUGCCCUCCUCCGCGGGAGCGGUCGCCAGGCCCACCGUGGAGCCAGCAGGCAGGUCUCGUUCCUGAUUUGUGAACCCGUGGUUUGGUUUUGGUUUUGGUUUUGGUUUCUGCUUUCACUUUGUAUUCCUCUCUCCUCCCCCCUCCCACUUGGGAGCAGCACAGGGAGAUGGGCAGACCAAGGCACAGUGGGACACUCUUCACCCUUCCCUACAUUCUAGGGUCCUGAAUCUGCUGAAAUGACAAGAGUGGAGGACCCUGAAAGGUGGGGGGGCUGUACCCUGGGGACCUGGAAGCAAAGGGACUUUCAGUAGGGUGGGCAGAAAGCAGAGUAAGAUCGGGGAGGCUCCUUUUACUUUCCUUGUCCUGCUUUUUAAAUGCAAGAUGGUGUGAGUUUUUGAUGUGACCCAGAGAGGUUCACCAGGUGGCCUUCCAGUAGGCCUGGGGCUGGCGCUCCCGUCACGGUACUGGCCCUCAGAACCGUAAUCUUCCCGUCCCUUCAUGUCCCCGACCACCUGGCGCUUCGGGGAGCUGGGGAGAAGAUGGAGCAAGGGAGGACGUGGUUGUACCUGAGCCGGGGCCAGGAGUUCCGGGGUGAGUGAAGUUGGAGAGUGGAGGGGCCUUUCUGUCUUGGGGAAGGCCGGCAGACCCCUCUUCUGUCGCUUGCUGUGUGCCUUAAACUCCAUCUCCUGCCCCCCCCGCCCCCAUGGGCUCCCCUCCUACCCUGCUCCAUCCUGGCGGAGCCAGGGGGGUGCUCCCCUGCCCUUUCCACCAGUGCGCAGUGAGCUCUGCCCAGGGAAGGACGGGAGGUCCCUGAUGGACCGGGGGCACCCGCUGAGGCUGACCGGCCCCGGCUCCCACCCCGGGGCGUACUUGCUCUCUCCACCUUCCUUGUCGGAAACGGCGCUCGCUGGUGAGGUGGGCCGUCGGAGGCAGGUUUGCAGGGAGGUCCCUGCACACAGGCCGGGCUGCUGGCCCCACACCCCUUGGGGUGCUGGUUUGCGUGACUGAGUGCUUGCUUCUCCUGGGCUUGGGACUUGGUCAAGCAAAUGCCAGGAUCGACCUUCUUAAACAACCAU